UGUCUAUGCAGAUGAGGCGGGUCUGACCAGGAAUCUGAAAUAACUCUGUUUAAGUUUUUAAGUUUAUCUUUGAUUUUAUUUCCGAUUCCACCUGGGACUGUAAAAGUUGUUUCCUCUCUAGGAGUAUGGCUUCUUCCGAUGUUGCUCGGCAGCCGGAUAAGGGAGUCCGGGGUCUCUCACUGUCAGGCCAUGUGGGCUUCGACAGCCUCCCAGACCAGCUGGUCAAUAAGUCAACCUGCCAGGGCUUCUGCUUCAACAUCCUCUGCAUCGGUGAGACAGGCAUUGGCAAGUCGACUCUGAUGGACACUCUGUUUAACACCAACUUUGAGAACUUUGAGUCAUCCCACUUUGAGCCUCAAGUGAAGCUGCGGGCCCAAACCUACGACCUGCAGGAAAGUAAUGUGCGACUGCGCCUCACCGUGGUCAACACCGUGGGCUUCGGAGACCAGAUGAAUAAACAGGAGAGCUACCAGCCGGUGGUUGACUACAUCGACCGUCAGUUUGAGAGCUACCUGCAGGAGGAGCUGAAAAUCAAGCGCUCCCUCCACAACUACCACGACUCUCGAGUCCACGCCUGCCUGUACUUCAUCUCUCCCUCAGGCCACUCUCUCAAAUCUCUGGACCUGGUCACCAUGAAGAAACUAGACAGCAAGGUCAACAUCAUUCCUGUGAUCGCCAAGGCCGACACCAUCAGUAAGAGUGAGCUGCACAAGUUCAAGAUCAAGAUCAUGAGCGAGCUGGUCAGCAACGGAGUCCAGAUCUACCAGUUUCCCCUGGACGACGAGACCGUGGCCAAGGUCAACACCGCCAUGAAUGGUCACUUGCCAUUUGCUGUGGUCGGCAGCACAGAGGAAGUGUGUGUGGGCAACAAGAUGGUGAAGGCUCGUCAGUAUCCCUGGGGCGUGGUGCAAGUGGAGAAUGAGAACCACUGUGACUUUGUGAAGCUGAGGGAGAUGCUGAUCUGUGUGAAUAUGGAGGAUCUGAGAGAGCAGACACACACUCGCCACUACGAACUCUACAGACGCUGCAAGCUGGAGGAGAUGGGCUUCAAAGACACCGACCCAGAGUGCAAACCUGUCAGCCUGCAGCAGACGUAUGAGGCCAAGCGUCAGGAGUUCCUGGUGGAGCUGCAGAGGAGGGAGGAGGAGAUGAGGCAGAUGUUUGUCCAGAGAGUGAAGGAGAAGGAGGCCGAGCUGAAGGAUGCUGAGAGAGAGCUGCAGAGCCGCUUUGAGCAGCUGAAGCGCCUCCAUGCGGACGAGAAGGCGGCGCUGGAGGAGAAGAGGAGGCUCCUGGAGGAGGACCAGAGCUCCUUCAACAAGAGACGAGCCGCCGCCCAGCUGCUGCAGGCCCAGAGCCUCACCGCCAACGGCAAGAAGGACAAGGACCGCAAGAACUCCGGCUUCAUGUGAAGACGUCGCGACAUGAAGGACCUCCAGUCUGACCGGUGGCUUUCAGCCCCUUCACAUCCUGCUCUGCCCUCCUUGGCCAGUCCCAGACACUAACCAGGAAGAACCCAUACCAGCCAGCAGUUUGUGUGUGAGUGUGUGCGUGUGUGUGUGUGUGGGUGAAUGAAUGUGUGUGUGACUGACUUACUUUAUGGUUGUUUACGGUGUCACAAACACCAAUCAUGUGGCCACUUUCCUAUGUUUUUUUUUUUUUUUUUAAUCUUUUUGUGGGAUUUAUACCUCUUUUCCGGUCAUAAUUUUAUAUUUAUCCUUUCAUUUUUAUAUAAAACCCUUUUCCAGAUACCUCCAUUUAUUUUUGCUGAGACUGAAGGGCACCUCAGUGAAUCGAUCCUAACACGGCCUCCUCGACGCCUCCCUACUAGACCCUGUAUUUUUGUGAAAAACCAGACAGUGGUUUUUAUAUAAUGGGCAUUUUUAUGACUGGCAUAGCUAGUGCAUGGUAAGGGAAUUUUUAAUGGUUAAAGAACACUAUUAAUGCCUUAUGACCAUGCUGAUGGACAACCAAAAACAUCCACAAGAUGCUUGUGUUUAAGAUGUAUGUGCUGAUAUAAUGCAUUGUGUUAUUUUUUCUCACCAACAGAGCCGUUCUGUGUCCACUGUAAUCCCUUAUCAUUUACUGUAGAUAUGCCAGUCAUAGUGUUACUUCAUCCUCUUCAUUAUCAUCUGCUUGAUGGUAGAAGCUACACGUGCCAAUAACAGGAUGUGUGGAAAUUAUUGCAGAAAAACAUGAAGAAGCUCCACUCAUUCUCCACAUUUGGGCUCAUCUGAGCUAAAACAAACCGAUUCUGCAGCAGAAAAUGUAUUUCCUAAUGUCCUUUUAAGUUUGGAUUGUGUCGCUACAUAUCAGUAGUUUAAACUAAAAUGAAACCAUAUUAGAGUGUUGGGUUGUAUGUGAGUCCACAUGGUGGUGAAAUCUCCUCAUUAGCUGCUCUGUGCUCCCCUGGCCUCAUAAUCCACAACACUGCAUUUCUCUCUCUCCAUUCACUUCCAUAGUGCAGCAAACCAGCUCCCAAAAUAACACUUUUAGCUCAUAAAGCAACAUGAGCAAAGUGGAUUAUGCCAGCAUAAAAACAACCAUACAAGCCAACACUCUACCAAAGUUAAGUUUUAUUUUAAAUUGUUGAGAAACAAAUGGAAUAUGAGUGUUUUCUUGUGCUGCAUACACAUCAUGCAUACAUGUAGCCAUCAAUAUUAACAUUAAUGCAGUCUAAUAUCAGUUAAGAUAUUUCUCUAGGAAGGCGAGGCUGAGGUUUUUUUUUCUGUAUUGGGUACUUUUUAUAUUUAUAUCAUGUUAUUUUACUUGCUCCCUGAGUUUCCUUGCUGCCACUUACAGUUGAAACUAAAGUGCAGUCCUUCUGAAAAGAGCUGAUGAGCGGAAACAAAGUGAAUCAUGUCGGGUUAGGGUCGGAGGAGACAGCGUAGGAAGGAAGGAUGCAUUUAUGACCGUGUUUUAUCAUUUUAUGUCCACCGCUGCUCAUCCUGUGUUCCCACCGGAGUCCUGAUGGGAUAAGAUGGAUGUCAAGCCAACAGCAGAACGACCGUGUUGGUUCCUUUAAAGAUGCUGACAGGCUUUCACGCCUCCCAGCUUUUAGCAGCCUGGACUGAGCAAGCCACAACACUGCAGGUCUUUUUUUUUUUCCAAGUAAAGUGUGGCUUUAACCAGCAGUUACUCACAGACUCUACCAGUUUAAAUUUACACUAAUAAUGUGUGAGUGCCUUAUCUGUGUCAAGCUUGCCCACCAGCACAAUAUUCAUUCACGUCAACACCCAGGGAAACACACUGAAGCCUGAUGGAAUACUGCCUGUCUGUGACACUCGUAUUUAAGGAGUAAACAGUGUUAUUUGGGAGCUUUUUUUUCCUAAUAUCUAAAUAAAUCUUUGUAUUUUUGUCAUGAUCAA